AAGUCUCGCAUCUGUCCCGAGCCCCGAUAUCUCCGGACAGCAAAGCUCAAGUCUGAAGCUUCUUAUUUGUUCUGUCUCGUAUUGAAGAGGAAACGUGGAGUAGUUCAUAGCACUUCAAACUUUGGACGAUCAGUGAAUGAUGAGUUUCGUGGAUUGUAUGUAGUUGAUGCAUGCAUAUAGCAGCUCUUCGAAGUUGGAAUGUUUUGAGGAAUAUUUCAAUAAUAUUGAAAAUAACUUUAGUUACAUUGUAGCCUUGUAGGCCUAUAGGGCAGUCUUCCAUAGUAGUGUUACUAGUGUAUUAGUAUCGUUGAAGGUCGAUCCCGGUCUAUGAGACUGACGAGACAAUGGCCGAAAUUUAUGUCGACGUGAUGCGGUCCGGAGAUGGUCCGGAGGACUUGAUUGACGGUCAGCAGCAGCAUACUAAUGAUGCUCUUCACGCUGAUCUAUUGGCCUCCACCCAAUCCACGACAGAUGGGAAGGCGAAUGGGAAUCAUGAACGUUCACCCUUGAUUGGCAACAAUGGCGCAAGUGCCCAGUCAACGCAAAGCACAGCUUACAUUGUUGUGGAAAUGUUGCGACGUGGCCUGUCUUGUUCAGAUAGGGGAAAGCUCAGAAUGCGUCAUAUCAAGAUUGGCAUACUGUUUCUAUUGGUAGUGGUGGCUACGUUUCUUUUUGGCUCUUAUGACGAGGAUGAGCACACUAUGCACUUUGAAGCCAUCAGCGUGACUUCACCUGGAGAGCAUGAUAUCCCGCUUGACCAUCCACAUGCGUAUUUGGAAUCAAAAUUCACCGGUCCAUUCAUAACCAAAGUGAGAGUUGGAGAGGUCACGAAUACAACUUUGAAUUUCACUGUGCGUGUAAUGGGAAUACUGGAGGGUUCAGACACUGCCCAAGUUGUGUCUAACAACAUCUCGUUAAACUUAGAUCCGAACCGAGUUAUUGAAACUGUGGAGCGUGACUUUACAGUUGAACAGCACAAAUAUAGCCGUUUGUACUUCCAGUUUGAAUCACAAGACACACGUCUUGUGCCAUUUGGAUUGGUAUUUGACGCACUGCCGGCAUCUGGCAGAUACCAGACCGUCUUCGCUGGAAUUAUACUGGUUUUUGUCUACGUACUGAUUGUUUUUGAGCUUGUUCACCGUACCAUCGCUGCCAUGAUUGGUAGCUUGCUGGCACUGAUGACACUCUCCUUGCUAAACAAGCGACCAUCCCUGGAUAAAACUGUUGAAUGGAUUGAUUACGAAACAAUCGGCUUGCUCUUUGGCAUGAUGACACUUGUGGGAGUAUUUUCUACAACAGGAGUGUUUGAUUGGUUGGCACUGAAGGCAUACAAACUUGCUAAGGGUAAGGUCUGGCCACUCAUCACAAUCCUCUGCUUCUUCUCUGGAAUCGUGUCCGCUUUCUUGGACAAUGUCACCACCAUCUUGUUACUCACACCCGUCUCUAUUCGUCUCUGCCAAGUGCUCAACUUGGAUCCCACUAGAGUUUUGAUGGCAGAAGUUGUCUUUUCCAACAUUGGUGGUACAGCAACAGCUGUUGGAGAUCCUCCCAAUGUCAUCAUUGUCUCCAACAAAGCUAUCCUGGAAGCUGGUAUUACUUUCUCAACGUUCACUCUUCAUUUGUUCAUUGGUAUUACUUUCUGUAUGGUCGGUGCAUACGGACUGCUUCGACUGAUGUAUCGCAAGCUUGAUCUAGCCAAUGAAGACCCUCCAGAUAUUGCUGAGCUGAAACGUGAAGUGCAAGUAUGGCGUCGCACAGCCAGUCGUGUUCCAAUGGUUUCGGCAGAGCAGAAAGCUAUCAGAGCGCUCUUGAUGCAAAAGAUGUUGGAAACUGAACAGCGCCUGCGUGAUCUACGUUCUUCUAGGGCCCAGAGCACUGAACGCUGGAAGGAAAACCUAUCAGAACUUGAACAAAAGUAUCGCAUCACUGACUUCCCACUACUUGUCAAGUCCUGUAUCGUGCUGGUGGUGGUGGUGGUUUUCUUCUUUGCUCAUUCUGCUCCAGCCAUCCAUAUGGGAUUAGGCUGGAUAGCCUUGCUUGGAGGUGUGUGGUUACUUGUGUUGGCGGAUGUUCAUGAUCUGGAAGUCAUGUUGGAGAAGAUUGAAUGGGCAACUCUUCUCUUCUUUGCAGCUCUUUUUAUAUUGAUGGAGGCGCUGGGAGAGCUGAAACUGAUCCAGUUUCUGGGAGACGAAACCUCACAACUCAUUCAGGGUGUACCUGAAGGGUCUCGACUGACUGUGGCCAUCAUUGCCAUCCUCUGGCUAUCUGCUAUCUGCUCAUCAUUCAUUGACAACAUUCCCUUCACUACGGCUAUGAUUCCUGUUGUAGUGUCUCUGGGUAGUGAUGCUGAUGUGGGUAUUCCCCUUCCUCCCCUAGUCUGGGCACUGGCAAUGGGGGCUUGUCUAGGCGGAAAUGGCACACUGAUCGGUGCAUCGGCUAAUGUCGUAUGUGCUGGAAUAGCGGAGCAACAUGGCUAUCCAAUCUCAUUCAACCAGUUCUUCAAGAUUGGAUUUCCAAUGAUGUUGGUCACGACAGCCAUCGCAAUGGUGUACCUAUUGAUUUGCCAUAGUGCUCUUGGCUGGAACUCACCAUGAUUAAUUCUCUCUCUCCUUAAAAAUGUUUCUGUCUUUCUUAAACCUUUCCUCUAGGACAUGCUCUCCCUUCUGCAGUUUUCUGACCCAUACUAAGUAUCUAAUUUUACAGCAGGUAAAUGUCAAAGGCUAUUUUAUACCCUUCAUGAUAUGGAAUCUCUCUGCCAAGCACAACUAUCUGGCUUCAUAGUCUGCUCCCUCCUCAUUUUCAUACAUAAAAUCUACUACCCAAUCGUGAUCUUGAAAUAGUUCUGUUUCGCCUUUGAUUUUGAUCAGCGCAGCACAGAAGACCUAGGCCGGCCCUGGUGGCAGUGAAAUUAUAAUUUAAAGGCAGAAUUCAAACCAGGCUGGAAUAAGUCCUGCUACAAAUCUAUUAUGUUAUCAUUAUCUUCACUCUAUCUGGUGUGUCUAAUGCACCAAUGUCCACAGCUGUCUUGAAUUUGACAGUGCAUGUCUAUGAAACUCAUUACAAUCAUGUACUGAUAUGAUAUGUACACACAUGAAUUUUUAGUUGCUUUUUCUUGUGGUUUUUAAUCCACUCUGAAGCGGGAGUGAAUGUCAACAUUUUUUAUUUUUACGUUUACUCUUCUUGUUGAAAGUUGUAUCCUUAGAUCUAGGUUCUUGUUUACUUUUUUUCUAACCUUUUUUAGCUGCGUAGUACGUACAUUUUUGAGCAGUUAACUCUGAUAUGUGACAUUUCUCAAAUUAGUCAUAGUGCAGUGACGCAAAUUUAUGGAGUUUAUUUUUGAAACUCGUCACCCAAUGGAAGCUGUCCAGUUGUUCUUUGCGCUUCGA